CAGAGAAAAUAAAAUAUAUUCAGGUUAGGAAAGGCUAUACUUUGCAGACACUAUGAAAGGCUUUCUUUCCUUUGCAGUCCUUGCAGUCCUUUUACUGGUGCACAUCUCUCAGGCAGUCUACGUUCAGGAUGGAGACUUGAAAUUCUCCCUUGAGUCCGUGAAGAAGCUAAAGGAGCUUAUGGAUGAGAACACACACAUUAACCCUCGCAUGGUGGUUUCAAUGGCUAACUAUUCUCCAUGUGAUGAAAAAGAUCUCCCUGAGGAGUUCCAAUCUGUGUGCAAAAGAGAAGAUGCAUCUAUGAUUUUUGAGAGGCUGAGCCUGGCUGUCCAAGAUGAUUUGUGUGAAAUCUGUGCCAAUGCUGCCUGCGCUGGUUGCUUUUGAAUAAAGAUGAAACAAUCCAAAGAAGAUGUGUCAAGUCAGGAAGUUUGUGCAUUCCUACUGCAAGAUCACAUACUUUCACAAAUCAAUAUUUGGGCUCCAUCUUCAC